AGAGUGAAGAGUCAGCAGACAAUUUUUAUGGAUGUUUCUAUCGGAAAUUGAAGGAGACAAUUUUUCGUCCUUAACGCGUGUCACCGCCUUGUCGGUUCCAGCCUAAUUUUCAAUUCUACCCUUUUCCAUUCUUAAGCUAAUUUCCAUUACGUACGACAACAGCGUUUCUUCCAUUCUUAACAUUCUUAAAGCAAGGCCUUCUUGAUCUCUCCUCAACCAGCACCCCCGCCGCGCCCCUCCCUCCCCCCCGCUCUCUCUCUCUCUCUCUCUCUCCCUCUCUCCACUUCGUUCAUUUCUGGCUUCGGAUCUGAUUAUCCCCAGGUCUCAAUUAUGGCUGAGAAGGUUACAACAAUGGUGCUGAAGGUGGACGUUCAGUGUCCUAGUUGCUACAGGAAGAUCAAGAAAGUUCUUGCCAAAUUUCCCCAAAUUCGAAGCCAGGCUUAUGACGAGAAGCAGAAUACGGUGACGAUCACUGUAGUAUGCUGCAGCCCGGAGAAGAUUCGUGACAAGUUAUGUUGCAAAGGUGGGAAAACAAUCAAGAGCAUUGAGAUCAAACUGCCUCCAAAACCCGAAAAGCCCCCCCCACAAGCCCCCGGAGCCCCCUGUUUAUGUACCGGUUCCGGUAUGUUGUGGGCCAUGUUACAAGGGUAUCCCUGGGGGCCCAUGUUAUGAGGGGUAUGGGAGGCCAGUACCAUCCUAUGAUGGGUAUGGGUAUGGUGGGAAUAGGGCUUGUUAUGGAGUAAGUCGUUGCGUUGAGUACUUUAAUGAAGAAAACACUUCUGGUUGCACGAUCAUGUGAUAGUAGUGCUUCCUCAUGAUCAAGCUUUUUGAUUACUUUUGUUGGAAAACAAAAGGCAUACUUGUUUGCGGGUAUAUGGGGGGUUAUGUUUUUUGGACUAUGAUUUUAUAUUAUACAAGUAUAAAAAAAGGGUCAAUAACGAGUUUGGUAGUCUGGUGGUGGCGGCCAAAUAGUCAAUUGAGAUGGGGUUAUAUGGUGAUAUGUAAUGAUUUAUGGUUAAUAAGAUUCUUCGUUAAUCAUAUACUCUGCAUGUGCUUUUGUUUCAUCUUA